CCGUUGUUGUCAUUGGUGGGACGAAUCAGCGCACAACGCGAAUGAUUUGCAACUCGCACAAAGUGUCUGGUCGCAAAGCGCGAGAAAAUGUAAGCAGCCGAACCGACCGCCGUGCAACAGCAGCAAGUACGUCCGGGCCCGCUAGACGAACGAUCGAACGAACGGAAGAAACGACCCCCGGUGGCCAGUGUACAGCGUACCGCUGGACGCGCCCGAAGCAGCGUACUCGCAAGCGCCGAAAACGCAAGACACAGCUCGCCGGUGCGGCGACGCAACGGCACCGCUGGCACCGGACGACCGGCCAAGGUGUGCCCAACGAGCAACACCGCAAGGAUCAUCCCUCCAGUUUUGUGUGGCCAGCUAAAACUGGUAAGGUGACUGGGUGCGGUUAGUGUGUAUCCUUGCGAGGAUCGA